AAGGCUUUAUUCCUUUAUGCAGCUCAUCGUGAUCUUAUAGAAGAAGCUGGAUAAGGUCAAUUUGACAGUACUUAUAGCUGGGCACAGAGACGAUUGUUCCUUGAGGAUAUCUGCCACGAUGCCUGGGUCUCUUCCAGUGAAUGCUGAAUUCUGUUGGCCAAAAGAUGUGGGAAUUGUUGCACUGGAAAUAUAUUUUCCUUCUCAAUAUGUUGACCAGGCAGAGCUGGAGAAGUAUGAUGGUGUGGAUGCUGGCAAAUACACCAUUGGGUUAGGCCAGUCAAAGAUGGGAUUCUGCUCUGACCGGGAGGAUAUCAAUUCUCUCUGUUUGACUGUGGUUCAGAAGCUCAUGGAGAGGAACAGUCUUUCCUAUGACUGCAUUGGGAGAUUAGAAGUUGGAACGGAGACAAUAAUUGAUAAAUCAAAAUCAGUAAAGACUGUCCUGAUGCAGCUCUUUGAAGAAUCUGGUAAUACAGAUGUAGAAGGAAUUGACACCACCAAUGCAUGCUAUGGAGGCACCGCUGCUCUUUUUAAUGCUAUUAACUGGAUUGAGUCCAGUUCUUGGGAUGGACGUUAUGCACUUGUUGUUGCUGGAGACAUAGCUGUGUAUGCCACUGGGAAUGCCAGGCCAACGGGUGGAGCUGGUGCUGUUGCUAUGCUAGUUGGUCCAAAUGCACCUUUAAUUUUUGAGAGAGGAUUGCGUGGAACCCACAUGCAGCAUGCUUAUGACUUCUAUAAACCAGACAUGGUGUCUGAAUAUCCUGUAGUUGAUGGCAAAUUAUCUAUACAAUGCUACCUCAGUGCAUUAGAUCGCUGCUAUACUGUCUAUCGCAACAAAAUCCAUGCCCAGUGGCAAAAGGAGGGGACGGACAGACGUUUUACCUUGAAUGACUUUGGAUUCAUGAUCUUUCAUUCUCCCUACUGUAAACUGGUACAGAAGUCUGUGGCCAGACUGUUGCUGAAUGACUUUCUCAGUGACCAGAACCCAGAAACAGCAGAUGGUGUUUUCGGUGGUCUGGAAGCUUUCAGGGAUGUUAAACUGGAAGAUACCUAUUUUGACAGAGAUGUGGAAAAAGCUUUUAUGAAAGCUAGUGCUGAGCUCUUCAAUCAGAAAACCAAAGCUUCGUUGCUUGUAUCCAAUCAGAAUGGAAAUAUGUAUACCCCUUCAGUCUAUGGUUGUCUUGCUUCCCUUCUGGCCCAGUACUCUCCAGAGCAGCUUGCAGGACAGAGAAUUAGUGUGUUCUCCUACGGCUCUGGUUUUGCUGCUACAUUAUAUUCCAUCAAAGUUACACAGGAUGCCACUCCUGGUUCUUCCCUGGACAAAAUAACUGCCAGCCUUUCUGAUCUUAAAACAAGACUUGACUCAAGAAAAUGUAUUGCACCUGAUGUCUUUGCUGAAAACAUGAAGAUUAGACAGGAAACACAUCAUUUGGCCAACUAUAUUCCACAGUGUUCAGCAGAAGAUCUCUUUGAGGGAACAUGGUAUCUUGUGCGUGUGGAUGAAAAACACAGAAGAACUUAUGCAAGGCGCCCACUGAGGGGCGAUGGACCUCUGGAGGCAGGAGUUGAAGUUGUCCACCCACACGUUGUUCAUGAGCACAUCCCAAGCCCUGCUAAGAAAGUGCCAAGAAUUCCUGCAACAACAGAAUCUGAAGGCGUUACUGUUGCCAUUUCCAAUGGGGAGCAUUAAGAUACCUCUGUGAGGUGGGGAAUGACAAAAAGGUGCAAGGGUAGGAUGAGAGAGAGAGAGAGGAAAAAAAGGAUUAAAAUAGUAUGAAGUUUCACUGUACAGUAAUAAUUAAUUGGAGCAUGAAAAAAAUGUUUAAUGUCCUUGAAAAGAUACAUUUUAAUAUGGUGUGAUAUUUAUAGUGUUUUCAGCCUACUAAAAUCAUUAAUAUACUGGAGAUGGGGGGGGGAACUUGCCUGGGUCUUUGUGGGUUCCUUAACACAUUUAAAUUUUUUUUAAUUGUUGACUUGUAGCUGUUGUCUAUUACAAGAUCUUUGUACAUAGAAAAAUGACUCUUCUGCCUGCCUUUUCCAUAUGAAGUGACUUGAAACGUACACUGCUAUAACAACUUGUAUUCAAAAGUGUGUGGCAAAACAGUCUAAGCUUUUAAUGUUAGGGUUCUCAGUGCCUUGACAGUAAGCAGUCAAUCUUCUGAACACUGCAUUUCUCUUCCCCCUUUAUCACCUUCCCUUUCAUCUCCCAGUCCACCUCCCAACUGCCACAUUGCUUUGGAAAAGGUAUAGAACCAGGUAACAUUGAUUAAUGGACUAGAAUCUCUCUCUCUCCUAUCAAAAAUGACUGGAUUCAGAACAGCUAGGCUGACAUAUUUUUAAAAAAAAUUCUAUAACUGACUAUGUUAGUUACUAUAUAAUUCCGUCUCAUAUUGUGUGUUUUAUACCUUCAGUAUAAAUCACAGCAGUGUGGAAGGAAAGAAGACUGACAUGAGGCAGUUGCUUUUUUUCUUCCAAAGAACAAAAAGGUGCAUUUCUUGGUUUCAUCGAUGUUGGCACUUCUCAAGAUUAUUUAACUGUAACAGAAGAAUAAGUAUUUUAAGACAGAUUAAUUUUCAAAUAAAACUUGUAGACCUUCUGGAGCUGUUUCAAUUGGCAAACUAAGGAAGGGAGGAAGAUCGGUUUGUCUAUAACUCUGGCCUCUCCUUAUUCUUUAUAUAUCAAUUUCUAAGAGACUAUUUCUAACUCUGAAUUUGGCUUCAUACUUUGAAAUAUUAGUAAUGGUGUAGUAGAUAAGUGUGAUGUUUUUGUUUUGUUUUGUUUUUUUUCCAACACGCAAACUAAAAGCUAGCCAUUUUACAAGUGGUACAUGUACAAUGCUAAUGGGGAAUCCAUUCGGGUAGAUUUUUUUUAAAGCCCAGAUUGGAAAUGAACUAUGACAUGAGCCUUGUAAGCUUGUAAUAUAUAUUUAAAUAUGAGUUAAUGUACAGAACAAAGUCUUGUUGAGUUUUCUUUCUUUGUCUAAUCCUACAGAGCUACAUUAGAUAAUGUAAAGUAGCAAAAGAAAUGAUUUGUCUGUUAAAUUACAAUUUUUUUGGUGUAAUGAAGUGUUUGUAUGAUCUGUCACUCACUAGGAUUUGAUAACUUCUGCUGGAUUUGUACAGUCAGGCUUUGGUAAAAUAGUUGCUUAUUAUGAAUUACUGGGUACUAAUCUGUUUGUUCUGUUGAAAAGUGAUGGAACAAUGAUGCAUGAAGAUAGCAUUGUGAGUAUUUGGGUUUAGGCGCCCUCAUGAAACUUACCUUGGCACCAGGAAAAAAAAGUUUGCCAUGGAACCAAGUCCAUUGCUGGCAGUGGACAAGCCAAGGACUGAGCUAUUGGCACAAAAAGUUAACCGCAGGAACCUCACUGUUUGUGAGGCUGAUCCUUUACUAAAAUAAAGUUUGAGAUAUUUGAAACCUGGGAUUUCAGGAUUUUUUUUUUUCUUUAACAGGAAAGAAAGAGGAAACUGGCCCUGUGAAAGUUUGAAGUUCUGGGUUCACAAGUGAGGUGGACCUCCUGGAUCUUAUUUCUUAAUACCAUUCCAUUAUAAAAGCGGAAAGGGUUGCUCAGGCUAGUGGGAAACCAGUACUUCAGGGCUAUGUUUCCAGAUCUCUUAAAUGCUUUUAGACAGAAACUGUUUCUAGAGGGGAAUAAUUCAUUCCUAGCUGAUGAGAUACAAUUCCUCUUAUUACUGUCUUGUGAAAGAUGGUAUUUUUUUUUAAUCCCCCUUUCACAACUGUGGUGAAAGUGAUUUGUUUCUUAUUUUAUGCCUACCUGAGCCUGAGUUGGCCUACAUGCCCACUGGUGGCUUCUCAUUCUGCUGCUCUGAUUAAUUUACAUUAAUUAGUUCCUUUUAAAGUCAGCUGAUAUCUCAUCAGCCCCAGUAACAGAUACAGCAAACCUUCCUUCAAAUUUGAAAGCACCAGCUCGUACAUCACUACGUCCUGUAUAAGUUUACUUGCCUUAACUGAAACAACAUAGGCUCUACCUCUUAGCUUAGAUAUUUCAACUGUGCCUGUUCAGAGGAGGACAGCUACUGUAUCUUUCCAGGAUUUGCAUUUGAGCCAAUGGUGCUGCACAUGAAAAUAUAAAAUACCUUAUCAAAGCUAAAGGUAGGAAUAUCUGCAUUUUGGUGAAGUUCAGAACAAUUGGUGUAAAUGGUCAAGCUUUCCAACAUCUAACUUGCAGUUGUCAGGAGUAUCAAAAUUAGCUUUAUGCCAGCCCACGAUUGCCAAUUAUGCCAAAAGUUAGUAGAAGCCUUGAACGCUCGAUUUAUAAGCAGAUGCCUUUACGAGUUGCAUUCAGCUUACUGAUAACGUAGUGCUAAAGCAAGAAAAACGAAAUGAAUUUUAGAGUACAGUUAAUAUCUCGUUGUUUCUUUAUUGGGAGUGCGACUGGAUUCCAAGCGGUUCUUAGACUGUCAGCAUCUUAAAAAUAAUUAAAAGGUUAGUAGAUGGUAGCCCAGCUGAUUCCAGUAGAAAUUAAAACCAUAUAUGCAGGGUUAAAGCAGCAUAUCUAAAUCUGACUAGGCAGCUUUUCUGAAUUGUGACAAAUCGGGACGCAUUGUCCAGCUGGUUUCUGGGUUUGACAGACAGCAUUGUAGUUUCUGUAAAUAAAAGUUGAAAAAAUGAAGCUCUAAUAGACAAUUGAAACCAGGUUUAAUUUGCUGGAGAAGUUUUUAAGAAAAAAUUGCAGUUGGUUAGAGCAUGGGCUGGUUUCUGCUUAAACUCAGAUCUCUGCAAAAACUGUCCAGGUUUGUGGUAGUCCAGUUGUGCCAAGCUAAGGUAAAACGUUUCAAGAAGUUAACUGUUACAUGUCUGUACUGAGAUACCGCCCAAGAGUGUAAAGUGCAAUACUACUCGGUCUUUAUUAAAAGAUUGCCUUCACUAA